ACUUCAGUUCUGUUCUCCACUCGGACACCUUGUUGACACCCUGUAGUGGAGCCGCCGAGUUGCACCGUCCGUUUUAAUAAAGGUUAAGAAGAUAAAUGCCGUAAUUUUAUGAAUUAACGUGACUUCCUAACUGGAGCGCUUGUCACUCGGACUUUAAUAAUGCAAUAGUUGUGAGGGAGCUCGCUGCGGCUUCCCGCGUCAAUGCUGCAUUUGCUGGAUGAUGAUGCGGAUGACCUGGCUGAUAACAGUAAUAAACAGAAGAAUAAUGAAACUCCUCGUCGCCCUCGCCCUCAUCGCAUACAUCGCCUCUGUCUGGGGAACCUACACCAAUAUGAGGUCCAUCCAGGAGCAUGGAGAAAUGAAGAUUGAACAAAGAAUAGAUGAGGCUGUGGCGCCAUUAAGAGAAAAGAUUCGGGACCUUGAGCUAAGUUUUACCCAAAGAUAUCCACCUGUGAAGUUCCUGUCUGAGAAAGAUCGAAAGAGGAUAUUGAUCACUGGUGGUGCAGGCUUUGUGGGUUCACACCUGACUGAUAAACUGAUGAUGGACGGUCACGAGGUGACUGUGGUUGAUAAUUUCUUUACUGGCCGCAAGCGUAACGUAGAGCACUGGAUCGGCCAUGAGAACUUUGAGCUCAUCAACCAUGAUGUGGUGGAACCACUCUAUAUUGAAGUGGAUCAGAUCUAUCACUUGGCUUCCCCUGCGUCCCCACCGAAUUACAUGUAUAAUCCUAUCAAGACCCUGAAAACCAACACUAUUGGCACUCUCAAUAUGCUUGGUCUGGCUAAGCGAGUGGGUGCUCGACUGCUACUUGCUUCCACAUCAGAAGUUUAUGGAGACCCGGAGGUGCAUCCUCAGAAUGAAGAUUACUGGGGUCAUGUGAACCCGAUUGGGCCGAGGGCUUGUUAUGAUGAAGGGAAGCGUGUUGCUGAGACCAUGUGUUAUGCCUACAUGAAGCAGGAGGGGGUGGAGGUACGAGUGGCACGGAUCUUCAACACUUUUGGUUCUCGUAUGCACAUGAACGAUGGUCGAGUGGUCAGCAAUUUCAUUCUACAGGCUCUACAGGGGGAGCCGCUGACGGUUUAUGGUUCAGGAUCUCAGACCAGAGCCUUCCAGUAUGUCAGUGAUCUUGUGAAUGGCCUUGUGUCCCUGAUGAACAGUAAUGUCAGCAGUCCUGUAAACCUGGGAAACCCUGAAGAGCACACCAUACUGGAAUUUGCUCAGCUGAUUAAAAGCCUAGUUGGGAGCCGCAGUCACAUUCAGUUUCUCCCAGAGGCGCAGGAUGACCCUCAGAGACGGCGGCCAGACAUCCGGAAGGCAAAAAUGCUGCUGGGCUGGGAGCCUGUGGUACCAUUGGAGGAAGGGCUGAACAAAACUAUCCAGUACUUCAAUAAGGAGCUGGAGCAUCAAGCCAACAAUCAGUAUAUCCCCAAGCCCAAGGCCGCCCGCAUGAAGAAAGGUAGACCAAGACACAACUGAGGAACACGCUUUUUCUCAGGGAUGCUGGGAUCCUGGAGAUUCUGGAGCCUCUAGCAGCCAUUUUACACAAGGGGGUUUCCCCUUAAAAAGAGUGUUUGGAAAAAAACAAAAACAUUUCCUGUGUGUUUUUCUUACUUUUUUUUUUUGUGCUUAUUUUUGGAAAAGCAGUUGUAGAACUGUCUGUGCCACACUUGCUUUUCAGACAUGUGCCUCAGAAAAAAAGAAAAAAAAAAAAAAAAAAACUAUGAAGUUCAGACACUCAGAGUCCUUGCCUUGCACUUUGGAUUCGUCAAUCAUCUGUUAUUUAAGAAAAAGUGAAGACUCCACGUUAUUUUUUUGCAUUCAUGCUGUGCAGUUUUGAUUGUUGUAAUCAUUUUUAUUGGUGUUUAUGCUGUGAGUGUCUUUUUGAACAGACACCUCUUUUCAAUGUUGAGAUUUACUAUGGAGGCUAGUGAUUUUCUGUUAAUUUAUCUUGAAUGUGCUGCCCAGGAUAGGACACAUGAUCGGGCCUUGUUCUGGACGACGCAGAAGAAAAGAAGAAACUAUGGGAGAUGCUUUUCUGCUUUAUUUUGUUGUGAUUUUGAGCAAUGUGUAGUAUUGCCACCAUCACACUUCACACAGAUCUCAGAUCCUUUAAUGAAUUUCAGGUGGAAAAAAAUAUUUUAAUAAAAUAUUUACAUUGACUGCUAAUUCCACAUUUUUUUCUUAUACACCAUCACCCCUGCCUAUCAUACUUUCCCUUCCCUGAGGGAAGUUUAACAUGUUUGGCACAUGUACACAUACAGAUGGCAACAGCGUCAGUAAUUAAACUUGGUUUCUAUGCUGACAGUUACAGCUGCUUGUAUGAAGCUUCAGCAGCCCUUUCAGGUUGUGUUAUUGAUGGUGGUGCCUGGAUGUUGCAAAAUGUGCACAGAGAAAGAUGCCAUGAGAAAUUACAAAUAAUGCAGAUGACUUUAUUAGAUAUGACAGCAGUUUUAUUUCUUUUACUUUACAUACAGUUUUACUGAUUUUGAAGCUAAAGGGCUUUAUAUGCACUCUGAAAUACAAUUUUUCUAUAUUCCUUUUGCUCUUACACAUUCUGAUUCUUUUGUGUGGUUCACAGAGACCAGAUAUUCAUCAGCAGAUGAUUCUUCAUUAACAGCACCAAUGAUAGGUGAUCAUUGGAGUCAGUAACAUCAAUGAGUGCGUUUACAAUCCGAUAACUGUAGAAAA